CCAGAGAAGCAAAGUGUAAACAGUCCCACACAGCAGAAGUUAGCUAGCUCGCUAAUAACUUGUCGGAUAUCUACUUUUGAACUACUGUGAGUUUUUAAUGGAAACACAUUCGUACCUUCCCGUGCCUCCCGGGGUGGGGAUGGAAGAGAAUUUCUUAUCUCUUGAUGACAUUUUGCUUUCUCACGAGAGGCUACCUAGUCGGACAGAAUGCACAUUUCCCCGACUUGGAUUCCUGGAGAAAUCGAGUGACUCGCGAGACAUUCAAGAGGGUACGAAGAUGGAGAUGCCCCUGUUCCUGGCAAAGGGCUUGUAUGAGAGGAAGAGGCGCGUUGUCUCAGUGGAGCUGCCCAAGGUCUACAAAGAGGGCUGGAGAACUGUGUUCAACGCAGACCCCACUGUAGUAGACCUUCACAAGAUGGGACCCUAUUACUAUGGCCUCGGCUCCCAGUUGCUGCACUUUGACAGCCCUGAGAAUCCGGAGAUUGCCCAGGCAGUACUUCAGACAUUCAUUGGUCGUUUCCGCCGGACCAUGGAUUCCUCACAGAAUGCCUACAACGAAGACACGUCAGCCCUAGUGGAGCGCUUGGAUUACCUGGAGAGGGCACUGUUCAGGGCAGGGCAGAGCGGCCUCAACAGCUUCCAGAACUGGGAGAGGGGCCGCGCAUCAACCAUCACUGCCUCUAGCCUGGUGCUCAACUACCGCAAGAGGAAGAUCACUGAUCUGCAGUCCUGAGGGGCAUCUCCAAAGAUGCAUCCCAAAUGACACCAUAUUCCCUAUAUUCCCACUACUUGGGCCCUGGUCCAUUUGGAACCCAAAGCAAUAGGCCAGAAGAGAAAUGACUGAGUUGGAAGGAGAGUAGUGGAGGUGUGUGUGUGUCAUAAAAUAUAGAAAACUGAUUCCCACAUGAAACUUAGCUGAGUUUUGUUUUUAUGUUAUGGUGUAAUCUUGUGUGUUCGAUUUUGAGAUCUUUAUACACAUUCUGUACACAAAUGUUUUUCAAAGACUUUGUAAAUAUUUUUUGAAUUAUCUGCUUUAUGUAAUGUAAGUUUGAAUUGUUAUAAAAUUAAAGCUACCUUAGUCUUUAAAUUGGAUGUCAUCCUUAAAGUAAGAAAUGGUGGGGUUAAACAGGAAUGUAUUUGAAAGCAGAGUUACAGUAUUUUGCCGACGCGUGUGGCCAUGCAUUUCAUCAGGGAUGAUGAGGCAAAACAACUUUUAAAUGGUUGCGUAAGGAUUAACAGGAAUGUAUUACCAUAUUAUGUAGCUCUGCAUGCAUUAUGAAUGUAACCUACCCUUUCUUCAUAAAUGUCAUUACUACAACAACACCAACUUAAUGAAUAUAUGGCAGAACUGAUUUACAGCACAUCGAUUUAGUCUGUUUGAAAACCAUCUACAGUACAUCAUCAUAUGCUGUGUUCAUAACCAAGUGGGAAGGUGGUAUUUAUCACACGACUGGAAAAAAUCCACUGGAACGCCCCUCCAACGGGUAAUUAUUUAACUAGGCAAGUCUGUUAAGAACAAAUACUUAUUUACAAUGACGGCCUACCAAAAGGCCUCCUAUGCGGGCUGGGUUUAAAAAUAUAGGACAAAACACCCAUCAUGACAAGAAAAUAAUUACUAGUGGGAAACUAUCAUCCCUGAGCUCAGGCUUCUUCCACACGCCAACCUCUGUCACCUAAGUAAAUUACCUCUAACAGCAUUUUUGGUAGUUAAAUGCAAAAACAUUUUUUUAUAAAAAGCAAACUAUUAAUUUGGUCUUUGAACACUUGAAUUUGUUUCCAAGCAUGAUGGCUGUACUUUUAAUUUAUGGUUGACGCAGCUUGUUGGCCAUUAGCUAAUCAGCGUUUCUCAACGAGUUCAAAUCACAUGAAUGCAUCCAAUUGGUAUUUACGACUUCACAACUAGUAACAACGUUAGUCUACAGAGGAGCAGCUUGGAUCUCUGCCCAUAGAGAAUGAUAAAGGAUUCUUAUCUGUCCCAUUGUCAUCAGCACACGGGCAGCGCCAUUGAGGCCAUCUCCAUUUUGAAGUAGUCCAUUUUCCUCUACUACUUCUAUGAGUUGGUAAACAGGCUGAAAAGGCGCAUACUGCCAUCUGGAGUGUGUUCACUGGCUGAUCCCUCUUGACCUGGAUGGAAUUAUGUGAUCAUGCUAAAACAGACUUUUGGUCACUAGACUCUAUCGAUCUACCAUAGAGCCCGUAGUCAUAACAGCACAGAGAGUUGUUGAUGCUGCUGCAUUAGCUACGCAUUGGUUGUUAGGGGACUUCAUCUUUACAAUGAAACUGCCGUAAGGCAUUACCCAAUUAAAAGUACAUCUAAUUUGUACUCUGUCAGCAUCAAAGUUUCAGCCUGUGAACAUUUUAAUCACAGGGAAUGAUUCUUGACUCAUGUGAAUUGGCUAAAAAAUGUAAUCUCAAUUUGUUUAACCUGAAAUGUGGUUUGCAUAAUGGCCCUUGUAAUGUAAUCCUCUGUUUACAGUACAUAUUCAUGUGGUGCAGUGUCUGCAUAAUAAUGACUGAAGUGACGGAGCUCUCAGGAGAUGUGUUAUGGGCAGCUGAAGGCUGUUACAACGU